AGUGUAAGCAUUUUGUAACAUUUACCCACCCACCCCAUUUCUCUCUCUUCUUUGUUAAAUCCAAGUUUACAACUUUCUCUCAACUCUCUUCACAAAUUACCACCGUUGCUUGAGUAGCGUCAAGAGUUCUCCUCCCUUCCACGUUCGAGUUUGCCGGUCAUUCAACUAAGUAAGAAGAAAUACCCAUGGAUCACUAUGUAAUGCUCACCGUAAAAAAUCAGGAAGGAAAUAAGCUGUUUUUCAAGGUAAAAGGUGACCAGAAGCUAAAGAAGCUUUUACUUGCUUAUUGUAAGAAACAAAUUCUGCCGUACGGGGCUGUUCAAUUCUUAAUCAAUGGAGAACGAUUUGAUCAUAAUCUUACUCCUAUUCAAGCUGAAUUGAAGGAUGGUGAUGAGAUAGACGCAAUGGUACAUGCAAGUGGCGGCUAAUUAAUGUUUAGAGAUUUAGUAUUUAGUUUAAUUUCAGAUCAAUCUGUUUUCAGUGGUGGCUUAAGAAUGAGGAAUCAUUUUAUAUGAAUAUUUUAUGGUUACUUUCUUUUUAAUGAGCCAAUGGAUAUGACAUUAUCUUUCUAGA